AUAAAGAGAUCGAUUCACCAUUUCUAUUCCUUCAUCUUUUUCAUGCAAAAUUUUACGCCGGCUCUAUAUCCUUGUACUCGAAGAAAAUCGCAUAAAUUAUAGAUUUAUUCAAAAUGGAAAGAAUGUCAUUGAGAGACAUCGGCCUGAUGUACGACGAGCAGUUUAAUAGAAAAAUGAAAAUAGCUAAAUUUCUCCUAAAGAACCUAGCCAACAAAAAAGAGAUACAAUUAGCGACAAAAUGGCUAAUCAGAGUCAGCAAUAUUAAAUCUCCAGACUUAGAAGUAAAGAAGAAUAGAAAUGCCUUCUUAUCAUACGUAGUAAAAGUUUUGAGAGACGGCGUCCUUCGCGGCUGCCUCGAAUCGGAGCCGGAUUUGUUAUGUGAUCCAGAUAACAGUUUGGCUUUUUUAGAUUAUCCGACACCGAAUACUUUGAAUUUUUCCCUUCGUCAGGAUGAAUUUACUGGGAAGUCUGCAGAAGAAAUAUUCAAAGACACGGUUAAUCAGCCCACUAUACAAUUCCAUUCAAAAUGGUCCGAAGAUCAUAGAACCUAUGUAGCUGUAAAGCCAAUUCCAGGUAGAGGAGCUUUGGUUUACAUGGCUGUUUCGAAAAAACCUGGAAUGCAAAACUGGGAUCUUCCUACUCUCAAAAAAGCUCCACAAGAUUAAAUCAACGUUUUCACAAUUUAGACACAGAGAUAUUAUUGAAUUGAGCUUCGUAGAAUGCAAAUUGGCUCCAUG